GGCCAGUGCAAGGGCAGAGGCUGGGAGGCAGAUUCUUGCAGAACUCUGGAGGCAGCAGCUGUCCUGAGACGCACACAGCUUGAAUGGGGCCAGAUUGUGCCUAGUCAGCAACCCAGCUCUGCUUUUGAAGGUGCCGCCUUCUAUGUGAGGAUCUCGGCUUUCAUUAAAACAAACAACAGGACCAGCAGUGACCUGCUACUCCUGGCCCGGAGCCAUCGCUGGCCCAUGGCGACGGCAGGGUCCUGGAGGGUGCGGAGGGAGCACCAUGCUGCCCAGGAGGAGGCGGAGAGGAUUCUAGUGCUAGAAGAAAGCUGGAGGCCCUGGCCCAGAACACGCAGGACAAUCCGAGGCUGCCUGGAGUGUGUGAAGCGCCAGCUGUUCCGUGUCGGUGAUGACUGGUACUUCCUCUUUUUCCUGGGGGUGAUAAUGGCAUUGAUCAGUUUCGCUAUGGAUUUCACGGUCUCCAGGGUAUCGAACGCACACAAGUGGCUUUACCAAGAGCUCGGGGAUCACUUACUGCUGAAGUACCUGUCCUGGACUAUGUACCCGAUUGCCCUGUCCGCCUUCUCCACUGGCUUCUCUCAGAGUAUCACUCCACACUCAGGAGGCUCUGGCAUCCCGGAGCUCAAGACCAUUCUCACCGGAGUCAUGCUGGAGGAGUACCUGGCCAUUAAAAACUUUGGAGCCAAAGUGGUGGGGCUGACCUGCACCCUCGCGUGUGGGAGCACUAUAUUCCUCGGCAAAGUCGGCCCCUUUGUGCACCUCUCCAGCAUGAUCGCAGCGUAUUUAGGAAAGAUCCGAACGUCUGUCGUUGGGGAGUAUGAGAACAAGAGCAAGCAGAUGGAGAUGCUGGUGGCAGCCGCUGCUGUUGGAGUCGCGACUGUCUUCGGGGCUCCUAUUAGCGGGGUCCUGUUCAGCAUUGAGGUGAUGUCAUCCCACUUUGCAGUCAGGGACUAUUGGAGGGGCUUCUUCUCUGCCACCUGUGGAGCCUUCAUGUUCCGCCUGCUCGCUGUCUUCAACAGUGAACAAGAAACCAUCACUGCUCUAUUUAAGACCAGUUUUAAGAUUGAUUUCCCAUUUGAUCUCCCAGAGACCUUCUUCUUCAUGGUGCUCGGGGGGAUCUGUGGGAUUCUAAGCUGUGCGUAUCUCUUCUGUCAGCGCUGGCUCCUGGGAUACGUCCGGAGGAACAUGAUCACCGCCAAGCUGCUGGCUACAGACAAGCCCAUUUAUUCCUCCCUGGUGGCCCUCCUGCUCGCCUCCAUCACAUUCCCUCCCAGCCUGGGGCACUUCAUGGCAUCCAGGCUCAGCAUGAAGGAGCACCUCACCUCCCUCUUUGACAACCAGACGUGGGGCCUUCUGUCCCAGAACGCAUCGCUGGCCAGGCCUCCUCAAGUUGAUCCUGAAAACCUGUGGAUUGAGUGGUGGGAGCCCAGCAUCACCAUCUAUGGCAGCCUGGUGCUCUUCCUGGUGAUGAAGUUCUGGAUGCUGAUCUUGGCCACCACCAUGCCGAUGCCAGCUGGGUACUUCAUGCCGCUCUUUGUAUACGGUGCUGCAAUCGGGCGUUUGGUGGGGGAAGUGGUCGCCUUUCUCUUCCCCCAUGGUAUCCAGUCGGAGGGCGUAGUUAACACCAUCACUCCGGGAGGCUACGCGCUGGCCGGGGCAGCAGCGUUUUCGGGCUCGGUCACACACACCCUGUCCACUGCCCUGCUGGCCUUUGAAGUGACCGGGCAGAUCGCCCAUAUCUUGCCCGUCAUCCUGGCUGUGCUGGUUGCCAAUGCUAUAGCCCAGAAGUUCCAGCCCUCCUUCUACGACGGCACCAUCAUCGUGAAGAAACUGCCCUAUCUGCCCCGGAUCAGGAGCCGACACAUCGGCUCCUACAGCGUGACCACUCGCCAGUUCAUGAACACUCACUUUGCAGUCCUGGCCAAGGGCGCCAGCUUUGAAGAGGUCCUCAGGGUCAUGACCUCUACCGAUGACCUGGAGUACCCCAUUGUGGAGAGCACAGAGUCCUUGAUGCUGGUGGGCAUGGUGCAAAGAACUGAGCUGGUCAGGUAUCUCCAGACCCACGAUGAAGCCAAGCCAUCCCCCCAAGAGCCAGGUGAGAAGCCUCGCUCCAGCGGGAUGCUGGGGGACGACUGCGCCAUCGAGCCAAUAACUCUCCAGCUGUCACCUUGGACAUCUCUGCACCAGGCUCACAACCUGUUUGAACUGCUGAACCUGCAGCGUGUCUUCGUCACGUCCUUGGGGAGGGUCGUCGGGGCCGUCUCUCGGAGCGAGAUGAAGAAGGCGAUUGAAGACCUGGCAAAUCCUAAGACGUUGAAGUGAGCGAUUCGGAGCCUGGGAGAGCAGCCCCUUCCCCCUCCUGCACAGUGGAGCGUGGGACAGGGGAGCUCGCUGGGCCCCUGAGAUCUCAGCAGCAGGGGGGCGGUGCUGGCAGGUGUCUCCCCACUUAUUUUUUGUAAAUGGAAAUGGAUUUGAAAGCUCCCCCACUCUUCCUGCUCCCCCCACAAGAGGCCACGGUUGUGAGAGCAGGGGCGACACCUGGACCUCUCUGGCACAGGGACCCUGCCAGCCGCUGGCAGCCCUCGCCCACCCUGGAGACACAAUAGCAC